GAACACUUUGCGCAAGCGCAGUCACUUCGCUACUUGUGCGUUCCGCUGGCAUUUGAGCAGUGAGCUCAAAUGUAGCAGAGUAGUCGUGGGCAUGGAAAGAUGCGUUUCAUAGUUUUGUCUUGUGAGAAGAGUAUGUUAUCAGCGUAGGUUUAGCCCUUUCUUAUUUAUUUAUUUACGAUUUAUAAAGAUACCAAACAAAGGCAUAAUCCAGCGUUCGUUUUAUUAGCUUCGAAGUUUGGGUUUGUACUACUGGUAAUCAUACGAGUUACUGUAUUGAUCACGCCAAUUCAACUGGAGCCUUCUCAAAUGGCGUUUCGGUAUUCUGUUACUUCAUGCUAAUUCGUAUUUAUUGUUUGCCUUUCCCCUCCCCUGGACGAAGCAAUGUAAGACAUUCACACGCGCACAAUGGACAGAGACUUGUUGAAGCAAUGCCUGUCGUAUCAUGGGGAGUCAUUGCUGAACAAAUUGAAAUGUGAACAAACUGAAAACCCCGAUUUUCAAGCCGUGGUGACUGACCUUUGCAAUGCUGCAUAUGAGGGAUAUGAAGAGCGGAGCAGCCCCCUUGUGGAGCAGUUCAUAGCGAGGAAGGCUGACAUUCUUUUCAGUCCAUCAUGGAAGACCGCAACUCCGAAAGAAGAGGAGGAUGGGGAUGAGGCUGCAGCUUAUGCUGUUAUGCCCCCCUUGGAGUUAUUCAUGGAGGUGCCUUUUGAGGAGAGAAGGGCCAUGCUUUAUCGGGAUUUAGAACGAGGAGACAUUGUGGUGGGGAGGAUCAACAAUAUUCGAGAAUAUGGCUUCUUUCUCACGCUGAUUUGCAUGGCUGGAGGGCUAAACAGAGAUAUAGAAGACCUGGAGUUAUCAGCUCUCUGUCAUAUUAAAGAAAUUCCUUCAUCUGGCAGCCAUGAUGAUCCUUUGUCCUACUACCAGAUUGGGGACUUAAUCAGGGCUGGUGUGAAAGACAUUGACCGCUACCAGGAAAAAAUAACUGUGUCCCUUCUCCAAGCAUCCAUUUCUGCCAGAUCAGCGUGCAUCCAACUAGGAGUCAUGACCAGGGAGGAGUUACCUGUAUGCUACAAUCGCAGUGUUUGUGCAGCCAAUGACUCCAGCAAGACAUAUGAGUGGAUACUAAGGGGUUGCCAUGGCUUCCACAACCCCUCUGUGGUGGACUACCUGCUGGAGAACAUUGGUGUUAGCGACAUCCAUCCUCCAUCAAUGAUGAGAGGGUUACAGAGUAAACUGUUUGAAAAAGAAGAUUUUGCGUCCGUCAUCCGGAAGCAGCAGUCUGCAUCCUGGGCAUUGAAGUGUGUUAAGGCAGGUGUGGCCCACUUUAAACAGGGUCACCAUGUGGAAGCCAUGAAUGAGUACAACAAAGCUUUGGACAUUGACACAAAUAAUGUGGAAGCCCUGGUUGCACGGGGAGCUCUGUAUGCUAAUAAAGGCGUCAUGGUGAAGGCUAUAUCAGACUUUGAAUUGGCCUUGGAGACCUGUCCAGAUCACCGCAAUGCCAAGAAGUAUCUCUGCCAAACACUGGUUGAAAGAGGAAAACAGCUUGAGGAACAAGAGAAAUUAGUAACAGCAGAAGGAGUGUACAGAAGAGCUCUAACUCUGGAUGAUGCAAACCCUGAGGCCCAGGAAGCCUUGAAGAAAAUCACAGAGACCAUACAGAAUUCGAUACGCCUGCGGGAAGAAGCGCUGGCUAAGCAAGGAGAAGAAAAAGCUAAAAGCAGUCAAAGCAGUGCUGAGAAAUUGCGUAAGAUCUUAAAAGAGGAGAAAAGGAUGAAACGGAAACGAAAAAGAUCGACCCCUUCCUCGUCAUCCUCUUCCUCCAGGAAAUCUUCCACCUCUUCAUCCUCAUCCUCUUGCAGGAAAUCAAAAAAAAAGAAAAAGAAGAAGAAGACAGUGCGAGAAAGCAAGCGUCAUCACAGGAGGAGUGAUGAGGGUAAUCAUGUGAAAAAGAGGGAGGAGGAGGAGGAGUUGGAGUGGUAUCCGGCACCUCCCAAUACCUCUGCCACCUUUCUUAACCAAAAGGCUUGGGAGGGGUUCGGAGUGGCAGAUGAGGAGGAAGGAGAGACAAGCAGGAAGGCAAAAGAUAGUAAUAGCCCAAGGAUCUGUAUGUACUCUUUGUCAUCAACCUCAGAAGAGGAAGAGUGUGAGUCGCUGUCCCACAGAGGAAGGCAAACAAAGGAUAGAGUAGAGAGGAGAAGGAAAAGUAGUAGCAUAAGUUCUGAGAGAGAAGACGGGAGAACGAAGACCUGGGAAAGUAGUUAUAGGAGCAACAAAAGAGAAAAUGAGGACAAAAGGCAGACCAGUGGGCUCGGUAGAGGUAGCUUAGACGAGAGGAAGCGGAAAGCAUCCUGCUCGUCAUCCGACUCGGUCUAUUCCAGAAAAUCAUUUCAAAGUAAAGAUUUUUCCAGCCGCAAUUCCUUUAGACGUGAAGAAAGUGAAACACUGAAGGAGAAGGACAUAAGUAAGGGAAAACCUAAGGAAGAGAGACCAGGUUGGAGCAGGUCCAAUGCAGCUGAAAUCCAAGAUGAGCAGGAUGUGGAAAUCUCAGUACCAGAAGGAAAGGCAAAAAAAGACCUUCCUGCAAACCUGUUAGAGAUCUUUAACCAGAUUGCCAAGUUUCAGAAAGAGAAAGGCAUUGGACCAAAAAAGUAAUCUUUCCAUUUGAACAUUGAAUAUCAGUUGGGAAGUUGGAGGAAUGUCAUUUUCAACUAAAAUGAUAAGAACAUAUUGCACAUUAUUUUCCAUCUCAUGUUCAAUCAAUAAAGCACAGAUGUUAAUAAAUACAAGGUUUCCUUUCUUUUCUUCUGAACAUAGUACACCCAAUGAUGGGUGACCAAGGAGCAACAGUUGUCAUCUGUAGGCAAAGAGCUGUCACACAUUUGUGGGGUCAGGCGGAAUCCUCGCAUCACCAAAACCAUCACUAAUCGGUGGGGCAGCUCAGCACGUUUGUUGAGCAAUGGACCUUUCCGACUGGUGAUCUUCAGCUCCGCCCCCCUUAGCUACAGUUGCCAUGCCCCACAAUCUUCCAAAAUGCCGACUGAACAUAACAGGUUUGAACUGGGUUCUCUAUGGCAUAUUCCAGAUAAUAUUGGAGUAUGUUUUUUGCCAAAUGCGUCGGACUUGUGAUGUGUGUGUGUGUGCAAUGUGAUGCAAAUAGGCAAAUCGACAUUUCUUUUGCAUGACAUCGUGCAUUUACAUAUCACUAACCCGACUCUUCGGCGUAAAACAUUACACACUUCAUUCAGCAGUUCAGUGAUACACAAAAAAGUGAAAGUGUUUCUCCUGCAAUGUAUAAAGCACUGAUAAUAAUGAAAUUAAACUCAGAGAAGAUACUUGUACCUCAUUUACUUUCAAACAUACAGCCUUGUGUUUAUUGAUAUUGUUCACAUUUAGUUGUACGUCCGGUCUUCCGCAAGCCUUAAGACAUCGUAGACACUUCGUCAACUGUGUUUUAGGCUUUGGAAAAUGAAUCAACCGGGCCCCUUGUAACCUAGCACGAUAUCUUUCAUGAGAAUUGCACGUUCCUCAAGCGCAUCUGAGGACAAUUUCUUCAUAACAUUAACUUUUCCAAGCGCACGCUACUGACAACAAGCAUUACUUGUGGGACAAUAUGGCAAGAGGGGCGUAUCAAGCCAGGGGUUAAGACAAUGCGGCUAUCUGAUAUGCUGCUAUCGUACGAGUGAUUGACAUGUCGGAAAGGUCCAUUAACAUUGCAUCGUCAUAGAGAGCAAACCAUUUUCAACACUUGAAAAAGAUCAAUAAUUGUCAAAAUAACAUGCAUUUGAGGAUGGACCAAUAGUAUAGAUUUAUGAAAAAUAUGAAAUCCACCAAAUUUGGACAUGGGGGUUUCUGUGAUAUGGAGGAAACCUAGUAAUUAGUGAGGCAGGCAAUAAGCAGGAAUAUGCCUGUCAAAGACAUCAAAACUUGUGGGUACCAUAUACAGUACCUUUCAGCAUGACUGAUGCCUUUAGUUUGUGCGUUGGACACUAAUUUGAACUUGUGUUGCACACUAUCAAGUUUUAGUUUUGAAAACAAAAAGUACAUUGCAUGCUAUUGGAUGUGGUUCUAUUUUUUUUUUUUUUUAAAGAUAUGAAUGAUCUACAUGUGCCCAACAAUUGGUUUGGUAGCAGUCCAUUGUAUACCCUGUCUCUCCCCAGAGGUAGCUGGGAUAAGCACCAGCUCACCCGUAACACCAGUGAGGAUAAACAAUACAGAGAAUCGUGGAUUUGCAUCACUUAAUGCAUUAAUUUAUUCUUCAUGUUUGAUAUUUCUGUGUCAUUUCUCCCGCUGUACUGUUGUGAAAUGCAUGACAUUUUGAAUCAAGUCUGACAUGAAUACUUGGGGAGUACACACAUGUGUUUAUAUCUAUCCAAAGCUGCAACAGACUUGUUGUUAACCCUCUGAUUGUGUAGGAGUGUGUUCAAAUUUGACUUUUACUGAGGCUUUGUAUGUCUCUGCAUGGAUUCUUUUGUGAAUGUUAUU